AUGUCGGUCGACAAGAAAGACCCGUCCAAAGAUGAUAGCGAAGAUUCAAUGGAGUCAAGCCCGGAAGGAGAGGCCCCCCCUGCGCCUCCGCAGCAACCGGCUGAAAAUCAACAACCGAAGCGAAAAGGGGGUCGCAAACCGAUCUAUGCCACAUCUGAGGAGAGGAAGCAGAGAAACCGCCAGGCCCAGGCGGCUUUCCGAGAGCGUCGGACCGAGUACAUCAAGCAGCUCGAAGAGGCAAUCCGAACUCACGAACAGAAUCUGGCCAACCUGCAGGCCGCUCAUCGUCAUGCCGCUGAUGAAUGUUUGAUGCUGCGUUACAAGAACUCGUUGCUGGAACGCAUUCUCUUGGAGAAGGGCAUCGAUGUGCAAGCCGAACUUCGUGCAAAGACCGGCAGCCCAAAUCUUGGCCCGACUCAUGUACCCCAAAACUUGGUGCAACCACCGCCGAUCCAGCGGGCCAUCUUGAACAGACAUCACGCCCGCAGGUCGCAAUCUGGCAUUGCGCCGAAACUGGAACCGGGCAUUCCCGUGUCCCCGUUACCGCCUCCGAUCCAGCCAAACCCCUCGGCCUUGUCACCCAGGCACCGGCAGACGCCUUCAUCUCACUCCGGCUCGCCCGCGGGGACGACCUCCUUCGGCUCCCAGCAUGGCGCGUCUCCUGCUGCAUCUGACCAGAUGAAUCCCCCCGUUCGGCCGUCAAUGCCGCCUGUGACCGCGAUGAAGGCACCUCCACCUCACCUCGCACCGCUCCAUGGUCUGCCCGGUAUCCGACAAAUGCAGAAUCACAUUGAGCAGCUCGGCAAGUUGGCCCAACAGGAAUACGAUGCUGCCGCCGAUAUGAUGGAGGACCCGGGCGACACCCCAGAUACGCCAAGCGGGCCCGGCCCCUAUCCCGGACCAUCCUACGCGGGGGAACCACAGCCGAUGUCACUGGCAUCCCCGGUUUCGACAGGCCCGCCUGCCGGCCAUACCAUCGCCGGGCAGUCACCGAUCGACCAUGGCGCCAACAGCCAGCAGCCCACUUAUCCAUCGAUGACGCAGCUGCUAGACCCCAGCUAUGACUUCGAUCCCUUCGGGUUAAGCGCAAGCAUGGCCUUCCCGACCCAAUUCUCGUUUGACACCAGCAACAUGCGCUAAGCCAGUCCGAUCGAGUCGUGGCUGAGGGAGCAAGGAAUGAGGAGCGCCGGCACGGCUGGCAGUAGUUCGUUUUGCGGCCGACGAUCCGCAUCGAUUCACGGAGACCGUGGAUCCCAAAUCUUGCUUCAUAGGAUGGGCUACGAAGACCAGCAGUUGAAGGGGCCUGAGGUGAGGAAGGUCCAAAAGGGUAGAAGAAGAUCAACGAAAAAUUCGGCACGAUUUACACCCGCGCCUCACGACACCGGCUUAGAGAACGGUUAAAAGUCUUUUUCAGAUACCCCAGAGGAAUUUUGCAUUGCGCAGCGAAAAACGGGUUUGCGAAAGACUGAUCCCCAUCUCUGCUCAGUUUCGGCGGCGGAAAGACUUGAGUUGUCGCCUCGCAACACGCUUGGUUUCCUUUCACCACAAUACGUCCACGGAUUCAAGGGGGACAAAGAACAAAAUAAUACCCACAAG